CGUCACCUACGGAAGUGACCCCCCCACCGUGCUCUCAGACGGGCAACAGAACCGACGACGACCCUAACUACACUACCACAUUCUGUCUUUUUUCCCAAUUUUUGCUAUUUUCUUCUCUCCACAUCGCAUUUUUCCUCCGUUUUUUGUCUGCCUCGUGGAAGAAUUCCCGGAAGUCUUCUAGGGGAACUGCACUAGUCUGGGCUGAGGUUCAUUCUUGGUCCAAGACUCGACUCUACUGGCCUGCCUAAAGGUCAAAGACUAGACCGGACUGCACUAGGCUUUACUAAAUUGGACUAGACUAGUCCGGACUAGGCUGUACUAGACUGGACCAGACUUGACCAGACUAGUCUUCGCUAAACUGGAUUGGACUGUGUAAAGCCAUGAAUCACAGCUCAAUGCAGAUGAACCACGACAACCACCAUGAACACGUCCACCACCCGGGUCACGCUAUGGUGACCACGCCCAUGCCUACAAAUGGGGGCGGACAUGACCACGGAGGCGGAGCUGCUGGAGGGGGCCAUGGAGGACAUGGUGGACAUGAGGGACAUGGAGGCAUGGCAAUGACAUUCUACUUUGGCUACGAGAAGGUGGAGCUGCUCUUCAGCGGACUUCUCAUCAACUCGCCCGGAGAAAUGGUGGGCGCAUGCCUGGGCGUGUUCCUGUUGGCCGUCCUGUACGAGGGUCUGAAGAUGGGGCGGGAGGCGCUGCUGCGGCGCAGUCAAGUCAACGUGCGCUACAACUGCAUGCCGCUGCCCGGCGCGGACGGCACUAUACUCAUGGAGACGCACAAGACUGUCGGGCAGAGGAUGCUAAGCCCCUCCCACUUCCUUCAGACUCUGCUGCACAUCAUCCAGGUGGUGGUCAGUUACCUGCUGAUGUUGGUCUUCAUGACAUACAAUGCGUACCUGUGCAUGGCAGUGGCAGCGGGCGCCGGCGCCGGCUACUUCCUGUUCAGCUGGCGCAAGGCGGUGGUGGUGGAUAUCACGGAGCACUGUCAUUAGCGCUUCCCGUCAUUAACGCUUCUUGUCAUCAGUUUGUUUAGCUGGCAGAGACGCCGACAAACAUUGCUGUAAGAUGGUUGGCACGAAAACCUCGGGAUGAUUGGAAGUGAGGUCGAACCAAUGCGAUGGGAACUGUAGUUUGUAGCUUGAUUUGCACACACUCGUCAGCCGCUAAUUCGUGAACGUUUUGAGAAGUGUACACACUCGUGACAUCAUGUUAGUGGUUAAUUGUGUUAAUUAUGAGUGUUUUUAAAUGUGUUUUUUUUUUUUAGUUUGUUCUCGAGUGCCAUGACAUCAGACGCUAAUGCUAACAACCUGCUCCUAGUGUCAGUGUUAGCUGUUAGCGUAGCAAGCGGCCAUUACACAUUUUAUCUAUUUGUUUAGCAUCUUUGAUACAAUCAGACUGACUAAAUUUUCUUGUUUGGUUUUUAGUAUAUGUAAUGAAGAGACGUGAAACCAAAAUGUUUACUUUUUAGGGGAGGUUCUGAAAGGUUAUACGGGCCUUAAAGACACACGCUGCCUUAACAGUCUUUAUGUUCAAUGCGACAAAUUGUCUUGUCAAUUGAAGGGACCAAUCUUGAUGGAGGAGAUUAAGAAAGAAAAGUUAUGUAUGCUGGAAUCACUUAAACAAAUAAAAUUUGUAAGUGUCCACUU